CGUGGACGGCCGCCGCGGUGGACCAAAGUCAGAGCUCUCCUUCCUUCCUUCCCCGUCGCGUCCAGCAGAAAGAAAGAAUCCGGUCAUCCAACUCCAUGAUCCAUCCAAUUCGUCACGUGAAGAUGAGAUGAUCACCUCACCUCCAUCGGCCGCCCUUCCAGCCACCUUCCAAUCUCAACCUGAUUCCAAUCCAUGCUGUUGUUAUAAAUACGUCACACAGUGAAGCUCCUGGUUCUUCCAUCAGAUCCCCUCUUCUCUCUCUCUCUCUCUCUUCUUCUUGCUCUAGCACUCUUCGCUGCUCUGUUCCUUCCGGCUAACACCGGCUACGCCCACCCCACGGUGGAUGGAGGGCGUCGAGGAGAUCGUCAUCGCCGGCGCCGGGCUCGCCGGCCUCGCGACGGCCCUGGGAUUGCACAGGAAAGGGGUGAGGAGCGUGGUGCUGGAGUCGUCGGCGACGCUGCGGGCGUCGGGGUACGCCUUCACCACAUGGACCAACGCCUUCCGCGCGCUGGAUGCCCUGGGCGUCGGGGACAAGAUCAGGGAGCACCAUCUGCUUUACGAGAGGCUGGUGGCCUUCUCUGCAUCCACAGGCGAGGCUGCCGCAAAACUGAGCCUAAAGAUGCAGGGCAAAAGCGGGCCUCACGAGAUUCGGUGCGUGAAGCGCAACUUCCUGCUGGAGACGCUGGAGAAUGAGCUGCCGGAGGGCACCAUCAGGUACUCCUCCAAGAUCGUCGCCAUCGAGGAAGAGGGCAACGUCAAGCUCCUGCACAUGGCCGACGGCUCCACCAUCAGAGCCAACGUUCUUGUGGGGUGCGACGGAGUGAACUCGGUGGUGGCGAGGUGGCUGGGCCUGCCCAAGCCGAUCCUCUCGGGGCGGUCCGCCACCAGGGGCCUCGCCGAGUACCCGGACGGCCACGGCUUCGGCCCCGAGAUGCUGCAGUUCAUCGGGCAGGGCUUCCGCUCCGGCGUGCUCCCCUGCUCCGACACCUCCGUGUACUGGAACUACACCUGGUACCCGUCCCCGGCGGACGGGGACGCGGAGGAGAGCGUGGACAAGAUGCGGCAGCACGUGCUGGCCAGGCUUCGGGCCGCCAAGAUCCCGGCGGAGGCGCUGGACGUGAUCGAGCGGAGCGAGAUGAGCGACGUGGUGUCGUCGCCGCUGCGGUUCCGGUCCCCGCUGGCGCUGGUCCGGGGCAGCAUCUGCCGGGGCGGCGUGUGCGUGGCCGGCGACGCGUUCCACCCGAUGACCCCGGAGCUCGGGCAGGGCGGCUGCGCGGCGCUCGAGGACGGCGUCGUCCUCGCCCGGUGCCUCGGCGAGGCCUUGGGCGCCGGCGGGCACGGGAGCGCCGAGGCGGCCUUGGCCAAGUACGCCGGGGAGCGGAGGUGGCGCGCCGUCCGGCUGGUCACGGCCGCGUAUUUCGUCGGCUUCGUGCAGCAGAGCAGCAACCCGGCGAUCAAGUUCCUCAGAGAGAAAUUCCUGUCAGGAUUGCUGGCCAGAGUGAUGGUCGACAUGGCCGACUACGACUGCGGAAAGCUGUAGCUCUAUCAUUCCUUCUUCAUGGCAAAACGAGAGCGACGAGAGAAAACGAAUCAGUUAAAACGGCAUCAAUCAAAUCGAUUUGAUGCCUGUAUUUCGACAUUUUGAGUUAAAUAAAGAAAACAGUUUGAUA